AUGAAGGAGAAAUGGAGCAUCGUUCUUUCAUCAACGGACACCGCUACCUUUCAGGAGCUACCUCUGUGCUCGACGACCCAAGACAAAAUCUCUGUCGAGAUCGUUCUAGCUCCACGCUCCGAGAUUUCAAGUUCCAUGCAAUGGGCCCCU